AAGCCUUUCAGACUCUCAACAAACUUCAUUAAUACACCCACCCCACACACCUUCUAAAGUCUCUCUCAACAACCACACCAACUCUUUGAACGCUCUGUGACAUUAAAUGGAUGUGUUAAAUGUGAUGAUACAAGAAAAGCCAGUGGUGAUUUUCAGCAAGAGUUCUUGCUGCAUGAGCCACUCCAUCAAGUCGCUUAUACGUGGAUUUGGAGCAAAUCCAACAGUUUAUGAGCUCGACAGGAUUCCAAAUGGACAACAAAUUGAAAGGGCACUAGUGCAGCUGGGGUUUGGACAGAGCGUACCUGCUGUGUUCAUAGGCCAACGGCUGGUUGGUAAUGAAAGGCAGGUGAUGAGCCUCCACGUCCAGAACCAGCUGGUCCCAUUGCUUAUACAAGCCGGUGCUAUUUGGAUUUAGAAUAAGUAGUUUCUCACUGACAUAGGACAUGGAUCAUUGUCAUGCAUCUCAAAAUUUAGGUAAGUUGCUGCUGCUAGCUACUACUACCACCUUUUUUUUCACUUUUCUUUUUCCUCAAGCAGCAGAAAAUGAUAAGACCCAUGGCUCUAUUCUUAAUUUAUCUUGAGAGGAUUACUCUGUUUUUGUUAA